AUGGCGAUCAACGCUACCACCAGCCUUGCGGGCCCCUCCACCAGCGAGGCUGGUGGCUUCACCUUCUCACCACCUCCCAACCGACCUUCUCCACCGGCCUGCAGCCCCGCCACGGGAGCGGCGGUGGUUACCACCGCAAUCCAGCAGAACAUCACCCCACUCCAGCAACAGAUGGCGGAACAGAGUCAGCUUUUGGCCUCCAUGGCUAAAGUAAUGACAGCUGGCCAAAAUCCGGCAGCCACUGUUCUGUCGCCAGCCCAGGCGGCGGCGGCAUCGGUCGCACCAGACAAGGCAAAAAGAAGUAAGGAGAAAAGGAAGAAGAAGGAAGACAGCUCAAGCUCAAGUUCCUCAUCAAGCAGUGACGACGAGGCUCCGGAGAGGUUGCCGCGCUUAGUGGACCGUAUUGAGGCGCAACAGCCCACCGACCCGUCGGGCUUCCAAAAACAAAUCUUCCAUGGCUUUGCUACGCAGGGUAAGCUGGCUUUAGCGUUGCUGGCGGAGGUUCCGCCGAAUGUGAAGGGCGCCACGAAAGUUCUCAAGCCUUUGAUUCGCCGACCUCCGCGCGGCGAAUGGUCGGCAUGGCGGAUCUUGGCCAGCUCGGAAGCCCGACGGAACAGUGGCUGCCGGAUUUUGGCCAGCUGUUAUUACUUUAGCCAUGGAGGCCAAAAGCUGACUCUGUUCUGCCAUCUGUUGCUGGAGUGGGGUGAUGUUCUGCUGGAUUGCGGUGGUAACCACCACCGCUCCCGUGGCGGGGCUGCAGGCCGGUGGAGAAGCCAGCAGGUUCGAGUCUACAUAGCCAUGAGAAUACAGUUAAGGGAGACAGGAGCACAGAAGUACCGGUUAGGCGGGGCAGGGUUGCGGGUGCUGACCGGCAACGAGAUGGCACGGUAUCUCGGGUUGCACUAUGGCCGAGGAGUGCAGUUCUCAGCAUGUACCAAGCAACUACUCACAGCAGGGAGGCGGGCCAUGUUUGUGUCGAGAUAA